UUGCCGUCAAAAUGAUUGCAACGAAAAUAUAUUGUGUUUUGUAUUGACUUUCGACAGCAUUUGGCUAAUCAUACAAUCAAUUAGUAUUACUUCUCAUCCCAUUUGGCACUCGUGUCCAACACUUAUACUUAAAAAAUCACUUCAUUUGUAUUUAUUAUAUAAUUUGGCGUCAAUUCAGUGCAAGACAUGUCCGAUUUGAGUCAAUUCGUGGUGGCCUUCGACGACCUCCUGAGCGAUGCGUUCGUCACUUAUGUGUCCCUUUCGGNUGAAAUUCAAUUCGUGGUGGCCUUCGACGACCUCCUGAGCGAUGCGUUCGUCACUUAUGUGUCCCUUUCGGGCAAAAUCGGUGGCGCCGUUAAGACCCACUCGGAUAUGGUGUCCAAAGCCGUGCAAACCCAGCGCCAGUUCCUCGUAUUGGCGGCGAAGUCACGAAAACCCAACGACGCGACUCUUAUGGCGCUCCUGAAGCCCACGUCUGAACAGAUCACACAAAUCCAAGACUUCCGCGAAAAGAACAGAACUAACGAACACUUCAUCCACUUGUCGGCCAUCUCGGAGUCGAUCCCAGCGCUGGGUUGGGUGACUGUGUCUCCCACUCCCGGGCCAUACGUCAAGGAGAUGGUGGACGCCUCGCAGUUCUACACCAAUAAAGUGUUAGUCAGUUAUAAGGAGAAAGACAAGACUCACACGGAUUGGGCCAAAGCGUGGCUCUCGUUCCUGACGGGCCUCCAGGCGUACAUCAAACAACACCACACGACUGGCCUCUCGUGGAACCCCAGAGGCGCCGAAGCGACCGCCCAAUCGAAUGGGUCGACUCCGGCGGCUGGCGGUCCCCUUCCGCCUCCGCCCCCACCGCCCGCCGGCUUCUUCGACGACGCGUCCAAAGGGGACGACAGGAGCGCUCUGUUCGCGUCGCUCAACAAAGGCGCGGACGUUACCAAAGGGCUGAAGAAGAUUUCAUCGGAACAGCAAACGCACAAAAACCCGUCGCUCCGGGCGUCGGGUGUCGUUCCCGAUAAGCCGGCGGUGGCCGCGAAGCCGGCAAACUUAGGGCCACAAAAACCGGCGGCAAGACUCCCACCGAAGAUGGCAUUGGAGGGCAAGAAAUGGAUGAUUGAGAACCAAAUCGGACAAAAGAAUCUGAUUAUAGACAACACCGAAAUGAAUCAAUCGAUUAAUGUCUAUAAAUGCGAAGACUGUGUCCUUCAGGUCAAGGGAAAAGUGAAUUCAAUUACAGUCGAUCUCUCGAAGAAGUUCUCCAUUGUCUUCGAGAAUAUCGUGGCAGUCGUCGAGUUUAUAAACAGUCAGAAAAUUCAGGCGCAGGCGAUGGGAGUGGUGCCCACCAUAACCAUCGAUAAGGUCGACAACUUUGAGCUCUAUUUGGCUAAAGAGUCGCUUCAGUGCGAGAUUAUUAGCUCUAAGAGCUCCGGCAUUAACAUAUCGGUGCCCGACAGCAAGACUGGCGAUUAUGUCGAGCACCCGAUUCCCGAACAAUUGAAGACUGUAUGGACGGGAAAGGGCUUCAGAACCGAUGCUUUGGAGAGCGCUUAA